UCUGUUAGUAGAGCUACUGUGGAGGAGACGGUAAGGAGAGACGGCACAGAAGAAGAGACGAAGAGGAGCGAGGUAGUGAAAAAGUUUAAGAGAGAGAGGAGGAGACAGGAGGAGAACCUAGAAGAAACCAGGACCACGAAGAGACGAAGUCCUGGAGACAGAGAGGAGCUGAAUGAAUCAGUGGUGGAGAGGACGUGAGAUUCACAGACGAGUGACAUCACCUGAGGAGGAGGAGUCAGUAAGAAUGGCGUCUAGGCUGUACGGUCCUCACCUGUUGUUGGUCGCCAUCAUGUUCAGAAGCGUCUCUGCUGAUCCGGUCACAUUGCCUCGCUACACACUCCACCCCCGCCAGCUUCCCUACGAGCAGGCGGUGGAAGCGUGCUCCCCUGGCGGCGUCCUCGCCACCUUCGUCACCCAGCAGGAUUUAUCGGAAGUCCUCAAACUCCUCUCUGAGUCUCUGCCUCCUGUGAGUCGGAGCGAGAUCACGCUUUGGGUGGGGCUCAGGCAGCUGAAGAAGCAGUGCGUGGUCUCUUACCUGACCCUCAGAGGCUUCAAGUGGAUCCAUGACGGCAGCCAGGAGGCAGAGGUGAUGCAGUGGUGGAAGGAGCCGAAAGAGACCUGUACCUCUAUACGCUGUGCAGCACUGAGGGUGGAGCUUCAAGGGACCAAUGUGACCAGAUGGGGUCUGGUCCAAGUCACCUGUAAGACCGAAUACCAGUUCAUCUGUGAACAGAUAUCGAUGGAGACCCCUGCAGCACCGGAGACACCUGAGCCACAACUGGAACCUAAACCUGCCACGCCAAAACCACCAGAACCUGCUGAACCGACAACACGCACACCGCCGUCUACACCUGGAACACACAUGCCAGAUCCAGAACUUUUUGCUCCAGCAGAGACAAACAACACCAGACUACAGGCACUUGGAUCUGAUCCUGGCUCUGUCUCUGGUUCUGACCCUGGAUCUGACCUUGGCUCUGACCCUGGCUCUGACCUUGGCUCUGACCUUGGCUCUGACCCUGGCUCUGACCUUGGCUCUGACCCUGGCUCUGACCUUGGUUCUGACCCUGGAUCUGACCCUGGCUCUGACCUUGGUUCUGACCUUGGAUCUGACCCUGGAUCUGACCCUGGAUCUGACCCUGGAUCUGACCCUGGCUCUGACCUUGGUUCUGACCCUGGAUCUGACCCUGGCUCUGACCUUGGUUCUGACCCAGGGUUGUUAUCGGUUUCAUGUGAGCUCCCCAAAGAUCCGACGAAGACUCCGGGUAUCCGCUCGUUCAUCCAGGAGGAGGAUGACAGCAGGACCCAGGUGGAGUGCUGGUCGUCAGACCUGGUGGCGCUCCAAUGUUCAGGUCAUCCUCUCAUGUGGCGUCUGAUCGAUGACUCCCCUGUCGACUUCUCCGCCGUCUGCCGUACCUGUGAGCUUGGGUUCCAGAGGGACGCUUUAGGACACUGUGUGGACAUUGACGAGUGUAGCGUUGGUGCCCCCUGCAGGCACCUCUGCCUGAACUCUGUGGGCUCGUUCAGGUGCGUCUGCUCCGACGAGGACGGCAAACAUCACGACGAGGACUCCACGGCCUGCAAGAACAUGACGAGGGAUGAAGACGACAGCCUCCUGUCCGGUAUCCUCUUCCCCGUGCUGGUAGCCGUGGGGGCAUUUGUGGUGCUGGUGGUGAUCGUCGUGGUGACGGUGAAGUGCUGCCUAAUGAGGCGGUCCAAGAAACGCGCCAUGAAGAAGGCAGAGAAGAUGGCGAUGAAGAGCAAAGAGGAGAAGGAUUCCUUCCUAACAGCCAAUGAGAAGACAGCAACAUGAGUAGGCUGUGUUGUGAUUGGACGAAGGCAGAGACAUCAUUUCCUGGAUAAGAAUAUCCAGUCAGGUGGAUUUGAGAUGAAACUGGAAGCAUAAAAUUCAUAACUUUGUGAUUUCUAAAGAAGAUUGGAAUGUGUUAUAUUAACAUUUGUCCUUAUUCUGUAUAUUCUGUUGACUUCAUUAGUUAAUAACAAAUAUUUUUAUCAAGUCUUCUUUAUUACUUCAUUAUUAGAAUAAACCUGAAAUAUGUUCUUCAUCACUAGAGUAGUUUUUUUUAAAAAUUAAUGUAAAUGAGAAGAUUUCUUUGUCUGUUCAGUUUUCAGUGGAUGAUGUCAUUCUUUCUUACCAUGUAGGCUUGAAAGGAUGACAUCAAUUUAAAGGCAGAAGACGGAAUGUUUUAUAGGUUUCAAAGGAUGAUGUGAUUUUAAAGGCAGAGCACGGAAUGUUUUAUAGGUUUCAAAGGAUGAUGUCAUUUUAAAGGCAGAGCACGGAAUGUUUUAUAGGUUUCAAAGGAUGAUGUCAUUUUAAAGGCAGAGCACGGAAUGUUUUAUAGGUUUCAAAGGAUGAUGUCAUUUUAAAGGCAGAGCACGGAAUGUUUUAUAGGUUUCAAAGGAUGAUGUCAUUUUAAAGGCAGAGCACGGAAUGUUUUAUAGGUUUCAAAGGAUGAUGUGAUUUUAAAGGCAGAGCACGGAAUGUUUUAUAGGUUUCAAAGGAUGAUGUGAUUUUAAAGGCAGAGCACGGAAUGUUUUAUAGGUUUCAAAGGAUGAUGUCAUUUUAAAGGCAGAGCACGGAAUGUUUUAUAGGUUUCAAAGGAUGAUGUAGUAGGGGAACCAUCAGCCUUCAGUUAUGCGGUGGAUGUCCCAAGGUCCGCAGGGGUAUCACCAGAGGCGAAAAGGGCCACACAUCAGAGACGCUGUUGAGCUUGACCUUGGCUGCUGAGUGACACACAUGUCUACAUGCGUCCAGCUUGACAUGGGCCACCCUGGUCUUCUAGCCAUGGGGUGCAGCACAAUGGGCCCCUUCAUGAAUCCUAUGUACCCUACAUGCUUAAAACUUGCAGAUGCAGAUGACUGUAGAUCAUUCAAAUGUAUAGUGUGUAAUGUUUAAACUUUGCUUAAAUGGAACAUUUAAAGUCCCCUCCAUGGACUCUGGUCACCAGGUUGUCUGAGCCUGUUUGCUUUGGCGCUAACACGGUGAAAAUGAGAACCACUGACAUCUACACUGUUUAAAACCAAACUCUCCAAAUGUAGAGCCAUCACCUUGCCAUGAAGGCUGUUAUGUCCAUCUACAUGUUAAAUUUAAACUGAUAUGAAACCCUAGUAUCAAAACUUCUACACCAGCA